GUAGGCACCGCGCAGUUCAUGUGCAGAAAUUGACGUGUGCGGAUCCGUUGUUGUCUGAGUUCGAACGAAUUGAAUCAAAUCCAAGGGGAAGCAGUCUACGCGAGCGAACGGCAAGGUUUUAGGAUUGAAGUAGCACGUGGUGGAGGUGGAAAGCCUAAAGAAAAUCGCCGCUUGUUCCGGUGGAGAGACACCUAGUUGACUUAACUGAGCAGAGAAAACGGAGAGCUGUUGGGACGUAGAAAAGGAUCUCUGGUGGGCAAAGCAUAGUUUUUCCUUCUAUCUAUUAUGUGCCCCACCCUGACAGCCGGAGAGUAAAAGGAAAAGUUAUUUAGUUUGCAGUUACCUUUUUGUCAUGAAAUUUUCCUGUUAUAUUUUCAUCUAGGAAGUACUUUAGGAAGCUAAAUACUGCAGUUUUGAACUGGUGCCAGUACAUUUUUAAUAACUGUGGUUUUUCAGAAAUAUUUUAGUACAUGAGAGUGUGAGUGUUUCGAGCAGAGAUUUUCCACAUCUUAGGCUCAGUUGCACCGGAGUGUUUGACUAACCCUAACGCAUAAUCGAGGAGCGAAAAAUCAGUGAAAAUUCGAAACAGACAGAAGGUCUACAACGAAAAUUCAAUUUUGCAUUAUCCUUGAUUAUAUUUAACUUGAAGUUUAAUUUCGACUUAGUGUGUGCUUACUGGUGUUUAAAGUUUAAAUUGUCACAAUGUUGAUUGGAUUAGUGCGUGAUUCUGUUAUGCAGUGCUUCUGCCACACAUGCCGAGCACCAAUCCUGCCGGCAGUAAACCGCCGUUCGGCCCCGACAAAGAAACCGACCAAGGCACGUACCAAACAACCGAAAGCGUCGAAGAAAGUGAAAUUUAUCACUACGGAAAUCCGAUGCCAGGAGAAAUCGAAGGGCGGCUUGUGCUAUGAAGUAAUUCUUGCAGAACCAGCUAUUAAUGUGAUAGUACCGAAACUGCCACCAACGCCAGGCAAACCGGUGUCGGCUGAAGAAAUCGAUGAAAAACUGAAGGCAGCCGAAGAACGGCGCUUGUCGUUGGAGGCUAAAAAGAUGGCUGACUGGUCAGCCAAAAUGGCAAAGAUUGAAGAAGCCACUCGUAAGAAAGACGAACUUGAUAAAGAGUUCAAGACUCACGCCAAGGAAACUCUGGAUCAAAAAAUGGAACAGUACGAAGAAAAGCGGGAAGCACAAAUCACUGAAUUGAAGGAGAAAUUGAAGAUGCAUGCGGCUGAAAUCGAAAAGACUCGACACAGUUUGGAACAUACAAAAUCAGAAGAACUCAAAAUGCAGCUGGAGGAUAAGCUGCGAACUGCUGCUUCAUUGCGGGACGACAAGAUCAAAAAGAUUCUAGAUCGACUAAAGGAACAUAACACGGAGAAGAUUAAAGAGGUCCGCACCACCGCCGAUCUGCUCGAGACGCAGAAAACAGAGGAAAAAACUCGCAUAAUUGAAAACAAAUUGUCCACCGCCGAACAGAACCGUGAGAAGGAGCUCCAGAAGAAACUGGAAAAUAUUCGCAAACAUGAGCGUCGUGCUGAAAUUGUACGCCAAAAUAAAGCUGCUCUAUCUACUCAGAAAGGCGAUGACAAUAGCGUAACAGCAUCCUCCGGUUAAGGUCCCACAGGCACAAGUUUUCCGAACUUCCUCUUUUAACUACUUUUUAUUCAGACAUAUGCCGUAUAAACAAGGCUCUUUCUCCUCUUUGAAGCGAGUGCUGUUUGACACAAUUAGAACCAACAAUCGCAUCUAGUGAACAAAAAAGGUUCAUCAAUCAAUGAUAUAUUAAUACAUGGAUCCAAUAGCAAAAUUUGCAAGCUCAGGCGUAGAACAAAAAGCCACAUGUUUUUGAUAAAACCGUUUAGAAGCAAUGUUCGAAACUGCAAUGAAGAUAGUUAGAUAGAAAACUAAACAUCACUUCUUCACACACAGAUAUAAUAUGCUGAUUGAAAAUGAAUAAUAAAUACUAUCUUUUCUAAGAAUGCUAAAAAAUCGUCAACAAUGGAAGCUAAGAAGCAUGCACACACGGCACACACUGUAGUGUUGGGCACAUGUAGUACCAAACGAAAAGGUUCAAAUUUUCUUAAACUAUCUGAAAAGCAAACAAUAAUUACUUAUAACGAUGCAGUUGAAACGCAACCGGCUUUGUUUUCCUAAAAAGGACCUAUCGAAUAAAGAACGCUCGUAUAAACUGUAAUGAAUUGACAAGAAAAUCUGGGAAACUAUUUGUAAACGCAUUCUACCGUUCUCAGUAUAACCUGGUAAAUCUGUAUGUUUCCUGUUAACAAUAAUAAGCAACAUUUCCCGUUUAAACGUGUAACCGAUUACUAUUAACCAUUUGAAAUAUUUUAUUUGAUCCGUCUUUUAUAAGCAACAAUUAAACAAUAGCGAAAUAAUACAACUCGACAAAUGUAGGUAGAUUUGAGAAUAGCUUGGGCUAAGUGAUCUUAAUACGUACCGCAAAUAAGUGGAGUUUCCAAUUUCGUUUCCUGUGAUUAAACUUUUCUCCGCAUCGAUUUAUGCUUUAUGCUAAGGUGUGAAAACGUGUAAGUUACCCUAACAGAUAUUUUUAACACAACAUUGAACACACAAAGAUAGUCCAUCUCCUCUAAACUCUCAAUGCGAUACGUAUUAAGAGCACAAUUCCUUAAGCCUGAUAUAUGUACGUCAGUAUACUCGUUUCAAGCUGUUCAGUUUUCAUUUGUAUUCUCUCGUAUAACAAAAUCUAGGGAACAUGAGAUUGCCUGAAACGGCAGUAUAGGAAGCUGCAUUCGAAAUGGGACUAUUUAUGUUUUAAAGGGCAGUAUAUAGGGUAAAGCUCAUUCUGAUCGUCCAAUGUAAACGGAAAUACCUACAAAAAUGUUGUUGCACUUUAACAAAUCGUCUUUUCAAUCGAGCAACAUAAUAUUAUACACCAGCGAAGUUUUGCAUUUGAGUGCAAACAAAAGCAUAUCGGCCAUUUGACAACCAGGGAUUGUAAAAUUACAAACAUGCCAUUUAAGUUUAAAUAUUUUGAUUAAUUAUGUUUGUUAAAUCCUACUUAAAGAUGUUCCUAUGCAUUUCAAGGGAAGGCUCUUCAAAUGUCUACUAUAUACAAACUUUGGUGGUUUUCAAUGAUGAUUGAGAGCUUUUUUUAGUUUAUGUUUCAUGGAACAUCUUUAAUUGAGAAAAAAACGGUACUUCCCAAAAAAAUAUAAUGGAAUGAGCAUUAAGAAAUGCAGUUUGAAUUCAUUGAAUUGAAACAAAACCCGACAUAGAGGAGAUGAAAAGGGGUUUGACAUGAAAGAAGAACAUCCAUUGACGUUAUUAUUUGCAAAUUCAUAGUUGCAAACUCUUUUAAAAUUAUUAAAAAAAAUAUGCACUAACGAGAAAUUAGCAUUUAUAUUAUAAAAGAAUAAACUAUAUACCUGCAUUCAUAUUAAAUCGCCUCUGUGCCGCCUUUUUGCAUUCAACUUUAAUACCAACUAACAAUUAUCUAUAAUUAUACCAUGAUGAUAUGAGUGAAUCUUCAUUCCGUUGAUAACAGCAAUCAACGCUAUCGUUUUUUUUUAACAUAUUUAAAAUGUUUUGAAGUUUAUUUGUGCAAAAAAAAAAUAAGACGUGAAACCAGAAUGUACCGCAAGUAGCAGUGUUUCGAAGAAAACCAGCCGGGAAUUGAAAUGAGGUAAAGUCUUAGCAUUAAUUAUUCUAAUGUUAUAAAUUGGCUUAAGCUCCAAAGUAAUUGUGGAUGCAAAAGUGAAAGUGCUGAGUGCUUGCUUUAGUGUAAGACUGCUUUGCUUGAAAUUUUCCUUUUUUUCAGCUGAAAACGUUUUACGUUAGUAUUUUUAAGAGCUGCGCUUAACAAAGUAGAAUAAGAAUACAUCGGACAAAUGGGCGACAAUUUGAAGAAAGGAAAAAACGAUAUCUGUCCAAUAGAGGACAAUAAUAGUCUUUGUUUGAUUUGUUUUUCCAAAACAAAUGAGUUCUUUAAAAAAUACUAACAACAACGGUGUGCUUGAAGAAGGAAAAAAUCCCGAACAGCGGAAAAAGUAUUUAAUUAGCUCAAAUACAGUGUAAGAAUUUAUGUACGAAUGAACGCGUCGAAACGCUUAUAGUAUGAUGGAAAACAGACUGGAUAGCUGAAGUUGUAAGACAAAAUUAAAUAUUAAAAAUUGCUUAUAAAAACUUUAUUUUGAUAUCGCUUUUCUUCAGUUCGAAGCAUGCUACAAGGUUAAACAUACACAAAAGCAACAACAAGUUGUAAAAAUACUAAUCGGUGGUGACGAGUAGCUUUCUUAUAAAGGUUACUCGGCAACAAAAAUAUAUACCCACUUGAUCGGAAAUAAAAAAAAUAAUGCAAAACGUGUAUCAAAUCUUAUCUAUUGAAAUGCAUAUACAACUAUCAUUAAUAAUGUAUUACUAUUAUAUAUAGCACAAGCAAGCUUCUGUGAUGGGUUUCAUUCGUAUUCAAAACAAAAAAAAACAGUCAAGUACGGUCGUGCUAAUUGAUCGAUUACAAAACAAAUACUGCUUGGAGGAUGUUAGAUUUCCAUCCAUAAGAAGAAAAAUAACAACAACGGCUAAAGUCAGGACCCAUAGUGUUAACGCAAAUUAAAUAACAAACAAAUAACUGCAUAACACUGAGAAAUACUCUGCUGCAAUCUAUUGAAACACACAAAACCGUGAAAUAAAUGAUGAAAAAAAAUCGAAGGACACAAACAAUCAAUGUGACAUCAAAUAACAUGUGGAAUAUCAAAACUCGAAAAUUGAUAUCAAAUAAAAACAAAACACCUAACAAAACUCA